AAUCAAGAAUUUCUUUAUUUAUACAUAUUUUUAUAUGUAUUUUUCUGCAGAAUAAAUUUUUUCAAAAAACAAUUAUUAUUUAAAAUAUUUUUACAAAAAUAUUCCCAAAAAUUGGAAAAAUUGUAAACUUCAUUUGUAAAGGAAACAGCAACUUGUAUUACUGCAAAAAUGUUAAAAAGAUUAUUUGGUCCAAUCCAAAAUUCUAGGACAGUUUUAAUGCGAAACGAAUCCAAAACAGUUCUACAUAAUUUUGAACGUCUGGUCACCUUAAUAAAAGAACUUUACAUAAAUAAAAAAAAUGUAUUGAUAUAUACCUAAUACUUUUGGUCGAUACUAUGCAUUAACCUUCACGUGAACACGUGGGUCGAAUGUGUCAGAAAUAAAAUAACAUCUGGUUGUGCCUGCAAAACCAGUAAACCUGCCAGUCUGGCUCCCCUCUCUGUAACUAGGCAGUAGAAGGGAUGAGAAGACCCCAAAGCAGUGUUGCCGUUCUUGCAGCCGGCGUACUACACUUCAACCACCCGAUGCCAAAGAAUAAAAGUGCUACACGUGCAGCACGCUGACUGCGAAUGCUUCGGAAACGACAACAUUGCUUCGGAGCCAUUUCCCGGACCAGUUUAUCGCUGAACGCCGAGCAAGUAGAACCUCACAUGGACGUGUCAGACCCACAUAUUCAUUAAACGCGACUUUUUUCUUCACUUCCUUAUUUAGUUAUCGCCAAAAAAUGGAAUUUCGAACGGCAGACGAAGUUCGUCACUCGCUUUUCUCUUCGGAAGCUCUUGGAGAUGAUUCUUCGGAUGAAGAAAAUUUCGUCGAAAAUCAUGAAAUAGAUAUAAAGGAAUUUGAUAUAAAGCAGGAAUAUGAGGAUGAGGAUGAAGAUGAAGACCCUCUUGAAAUUGAAGAGGAAAAUAAGAACGGAGAAGCGGCUUCGAUUAAUCUUGAACAGGAUGAUCAGAGAUUAUUUAUUUAUGGAAGAAACAUGUACAAAUGGUAUUUAGAGCCUCCUGAGAUUAGAGACCAACGGUCUAACAUCGUACCGCAAUUUCCAGGUCCGAAGUAUAAUGCUAUGAACGCUUUUUCACCUUUAAAUAUAUGGUUGCUUCUAUUUACAAAUCAGAUGAUUGAUAUGAUAGUGCACCACACGAAUGAAGAAAUAGAAAGACAACAAACGGCACAAGUGUCAAGUAACACGAAUGAGCAAACAUUUACCAAAAAGACUACCGCCACAGAAAUAAAGGCAUUUAUAGGACUUUUGUACUUUGCCGGCGUGAAAAAGGAUAAUACUGCAACUGUUGACGAACUGUGGUCAACGGAUUUCGGUUACACUGUGUUCAGAGCAACGAUGUCUGGCCGUCGUUUUCAAUUCCUUGCUGCUCGAUUGAGAUUCGACGACAAAAAUACUCGCGCAGAAAGGCAAAAAGAUGAUUUAUUAGCUCCUAUAAGAGAUUUAUGGAACCAAUUCAUACACAAUUGCAUGAGCAAUUACACGCCUACUCAGGAAAUGUGUAUUGACGAAAUGAUGUUCGGUUUUGGAGGCAAAUUUAAGGCCAAAGUUUAUACAAACAGUAAACCUCAUCGUUCUGGAAUAAAAAUUAUGUGUCUGAACGAUGCGCAAACUUACUAUUUAUAUAAUGCUCUUCCAUACACGGGCAAAAUAGACACGCUUGCUGAUGAAAGCGCGACCAGCUACUACGUCCGAACUCUGUGUGAACCAAUUUACGGAACAAAUCGCAACGUAACUUGUGGCGACAAGUUUUCAUCAGUAGAAAUAUUCGAUAAAAUGCUCAAUGAAUAUCUGCUGACCAUGGUUGGCAAAGUAAAAAAAAGUGAGGGACACUUACCGAAAUCGUUCAAGAAAACCACACCAGUAGGCACAGCGCGUUAUGUUUAUGAUACCACAAAAACGUUAUUGUCCUACUGUCCCAAACGAAACGAAGUCAUGCUGCUGCUCUCGUCGUUGCACAGAAAAGAAAACACUUUCAUAUCUAGUAAGCCAGAAAUUGUCGAAUAUUACAACGAGACAAAAGGAGGCACCGAGCGUUUCGUUCAACUGUGCGACUUAUACACGUGCGCGAGAUCAACUCGUCGGUGGUCCAUGAGAUUCUUCACGGGAAUGCUGGACCAAGCGGCAGUCAAUUCUGGCAUUUUGUUCAACUUUUUUUCCAAAAAUAACACCAAAGAUCGUCGACAAUUUAUAAAAGAGCUUAGUUUAGCUCUUAUAAUACCUUACUUAAAAGAGAGAAUACAAUUACCGGGACUCCAGAGCGAUGUCAAAAGUUGUAUAAUAAAACUUAUAGGAGAAUACAAUACAGUCGCAGUUAAAAAACAAGACAAGCUGCUGAAACGUAAACGGUGCAGUCUUUGUCCAACAAGAUACGACCGAAAGGUUACAUUGUGCUGCUACGAGUGCGGGAGCACAAUUUGUGGGGAGCAUCGACGCAUAAUGUGCACGCAGUGUGUCCCAUAAAAAUGAAAACAAAACGUUAACUUUUAGCGGGGCGAAGAGGUAUCUGCAGAAUAAAGCUGAAACGAUAAGGCGGUUGAAAGCAGUGAGGAUGUCGAGAGCGAAAUGCGUCGGAGAAGAGCGAUACACAACGUGGCUCUCCUUUCAAAUCGAAGUUGAGAUAUGCAAAAGAGAAGUUUUUGAAGAUGUGCAUACGGAAGCAGUCGAUAAAUAACGUAAAUGCGAGGGGGGGGGGGGGAGGGCGAAUCUGCCAACACUCGCUAAAAGUCCAAACGAUGGGAAAACUUUCGACAUUCUGAGCGAUGAAGAUUUCUUUUUGUAUCUUUCUACGACGUAAAGAACUUUUAUGUAGUUGAUAGAAAUAUGAAAAAACUAUUGACGGCGCGAAAGGCUCAAUUUUUUAAAAAUUUCGUUCCGAAUUCUUGUUUUAUUUAAAAAUAAUGUGUUUCCAUUUCCCUCAUGAUCAAACGGGACAAACAAAUUUUCAAUUUUACGAACCAUUUUCCAAUGAAUUUUUGUUUUCGAGUAAUCCUCUUAAGAAUAAUCUCUGUAAUAUUCAUUUAUAAGAUUAAUUUAAUUUAAAAAAUGUACUUUAGAUAUAAUAUUUUUUAUGCAAAAUAUGAAAAAAUUGUUCUUGAAAAGAUUAACAAGCUAUAUGUAACACCUUUCACACAACAAUGAUCUCUUCUUCGAGAAGAUAUAAAUGUGUAACAAUAAUAUGUUUCCUUCAAACUGUUUUUUAAAGGGGAUUGAGCAUGUUUUAAUUUCUUCUCUUAAAAUUCCGCAGACAAUCUCGCAAUAACUUAUUACUUUGAAGCAUUGUGUUCAAAAAUUUUCUUUGCUAGUUAUUGCGGAAGAGGAUGUUAUAUAGAAUCGAUGUUUUUAAAAUGAACGUUCAAAUAGAACUUGAGAACUCUAACUAGUAUUAUGAUGAAAAAUUAUAUAAUAAUAACACUCUGAUAUUUUUUUAUUAUUGAAAUGCAAUUUUAAUUUUAAUUUGAUUUUGUUAUUUUUUAAUUUCAAAAUGUAACGCUAAUUACGGUUUAUUUCCACAUAGAAAAUUUAAUUGUACGUGCAAUAAUAUUUCCCUUGAAUACAGAAAAAUGAUUACAUAAACAUGAGAAAUACGUUGAAUGUAUGUUUAUACAGCAUUAUUACUACAUCAUAUUAUACUUUAAAAUAAAUUAGUUAAUUUGAAAAUUACAUUUUUUAAAGAUGCAAAUUUUAAUAUAGAGCAGUUGAAUUAUAAAUUUUUGUUGGAAUAACAUUGCAUUAGUUAAGACAACAUUAUAAAAGAUAAAGUUAUAUAUUAAAAUAUACAUAUGUAAAUGCAAUUUAUUACAUAAUUUUAAUAUCAUUUUAAUAUAUCAAGCACAGUUAAUUAUUGUAUAAGGCUUAUAGCAUAUUUAAUACACUCGUUGUAUUAUC